AUGCGACAUGCUUUACAAACAGCUGAUGAGACAAAUCAAAAUUUAUAUAAUAUGCUUGAAGUACCUAAAGCAGGAAUAAGAUCUCAAAUUUUAUCAAAUGAAAGUUCAAAUUCUCUGGAUAGUAUUAUAUUAGAAGAAAUGACAACAAUUCCAGAUUUAGUAAAUAUUAUAGAUGGUUAUAUAGAUAAUCCUAGAACAGACAGAAGGAUUUUAGUCAACCAAAUAAAAAGAGCUACAAGGCAAAUUCAUCAGUGGGAUUUACGUCAAACUGAUUUGAAUAAUGUCUUGAAUGAUCUUAACAUGAUGAUAACGGCAUAUAAUAAUGAAAGAAAUACAUGUCAACAGUAUUUUUUAGAAUUACAACAAUGUCGUAUCAGAAUAGAUACAGCUGAAAUAGAAGGAAGAGGAAUUAAUAUUACAGAUGCAGCUGGUGGUCCUCCAACUGGAAAGGAUCAUGCAAAAGGAUUAUUACGUGGAUGUAUGAGAGGAACAAUGUUAGAAUGA